AUGAUUUAUCUGGCAGCUACGGACGUGAUUGGUCGGUCCUCGUUUGUCGUCCCGCCAUUUUUGCCGGUCUCACGUUUUUUCUGUGAGCAUCAUUUGGCAAGGUGGGUUUUUGUAUUUAACUUAAUAUUCUCUUGAUACCUCCCCUUUCUUUUAGCCCUCUUUACAGAAGGCACUUAUAAUAUUUUUCAUCCCAUGCGUGCCCCGACCGUCAUCUGUUUUUGAAACCCUAUAUAAAAGAUUUUAUUGAGGGUUAUAUAUAACCCUGUUAUAUAACAGUGUACUAGUCUUUCUUUCCAGCCCUACACUAGCAGAUCAUAUUUACAGCCUUGUGUGCGGCUAGUGAUCUGACUGGUCUCUGAAGCCAAUCACGUGAAUGGUCUGUUUGGAGGAUUGUGCCUGCAGGACUACUGACCAGGGUCAAUCAAUCAGUCUCAAAACUAGCCACGGACUAACUGUAGGAGCUAGCUUUGGGCGAGAGCGAUGUUAUCUGGUUAAGUAGAUGGCAGAAGAACCGACUAAAUAAAAUCUGCUGCCAUCUACUUCACGAAUGAAAAAAUAUAUACAAACGCGCGUUCCUAAAAUUAAUGGGAAUCCUGAAGGAACGGGACAUGUCUUUAAGCCAACUGGCAUAUCUACGACUGGCCGGUCGUGGCAUCCAGCGUUAACUGUUUGCUGCUAGAUAGGCAUUCUUAACGAACUGUGUGAACUGGGUAACGGUGCUGGAUCGAGGGCGGUAACACUGAGCUCCUGAUGUGGACGACGAAGAGCAUGCCCAAACCACCUCAGUCGCUUUUCUUGGAUGACCUGGAUUAUCCUUGCGAUGUUGUCGCUGCGAGCGCGGACUGUCUCAUUUGAGACGAAGUCGGCGUACUUCACUCGAAGGAUGGUCUUCAGGCAGUGGUGGUAAAAUACCUUCAGUUUUCGCUCGUACUCCACACGCGCAGCCCAACAUUAACAACCAUAGAGAAGGGCAGACCGGACAGAUGCACGAUGCACGCGAAUCUUGAUGCCGAUGAAGAUGGCGCGUCAGAUCAAUAGGCAUUUUUAAGGCCUGACAAAACCCGGCGGGCACCAUAAAUUCGGGGGACAAUUCCGUCCUUACUCUGUCCAUUCGGUAACAGUCUCGCCCCGAGGUACUUAAAACUGUCCACUUCUUCAAGUUAACAGCCAUGAAUCCCGAGAGGUGUCCUCUCCUGGUCAGGGAUGCAGCUUGAAAACACUUUAGCCUUCCAAGCGUUUAUGGACAAACCGACCGAUUUAGCGACCUCGUUCACCCAUGACACCCUAGACUGCAAUCACCAAAACUUGAAGCAAGAAAGGCAACAUCGUCGGCAUAGUCGAGAUCAGUCAGUCGGUGUCCGGGUACAAACUCAACACCUUGUAUCUUCGUGUAGGGUCCUCCCUAGAAUUCAGUCAGUAGCGUAGUUAAACAUAAUUGGCGACAAGAUGCAACCCUUUCGAACGCCAGAUCGGAUAUCAAACGGUUGGAAAAGGUUGUUGCGGACCAGAACCCGCGUAGUGGUGGGGCGAUGGUAGGCCUUGAUCAAGGCGAUGAUUUUUGGCGGUACACCAUCUAGCAUCAUUAUCCGCGAUGGGUGGAAUCGAACGCGGCGGCAAAGUCAACAAAGCAGACGGCCGUCGGUUGUAGGAUUGCGAAUGCUGGGCUGUGCAUGUGGUGACUAAACAAAGACUGGAGGUCUUCGAUCACCGUUGCCUGAAAGUACACAGGCCACGUUCUGAGCGAGACAGUCCGCACUCGCUGUGGCGUCGUAUCAAGAAUAUCUCAGAUCAUCCAAGGGCGACGGCUGAAGUUGAUUUUGGCACGUCCUACGUCGUCAGUCUCACGAGUUGAUUGUUACUGUCCUGAAUCAUACACCGCUGCCUAAGUGGAGACAGCUAAAAGUAGGUCAGCUAAAAAUCUAACUCAGCCCAUAUCCCUAAGACAUAGAGGUAGCUCUUUGACCCUUAGUAUUCAGUAAUCGUCACUGAAGAGAGUGAGUGAAGAUCUCCCGAUCCACUGCGGCUGAUUUCUGUACGUGCAGAGCUACUAUACAUGGCAUUGUCGAGACUGACAAAAUUAGGCAUAUUCUUAGACUUACUAUGCGCAAAUAAGUACAAGGCUGCAACUAAAACCGGAAAGACCCGACACAUUUAUGUAAAUGGGCCUCUACAGUAUGUGAUAGCUGGCAGUUUUACGUGUUUAUUCAACUGUAGAUGAUGGAAUUCGGCCCAAAUAUUCAUAUCACAUUUCAAGCUGAACCUAUCAGUCUCAAAUAGACUGAUUUACACCAAGUUAGCGAUUGAUUUCUGAGGAACUCAAAAAGCUGUCGUGAGAAAGUUUUAUCUGUUCCUUCGACAUCUGUUGAUGGUCUGUCAGUGACUAGUCAAACUAUCAAAAUAAAGAAGCUCCCCACGUCAGGUGACGGAAUGAGCUGCUAGCGGACUGAAACAAGGACUUUAUCGAGUUGCUGGGCCUGCUUUUUCCUGAUGCAUCCGACGAAAUCCUAGUCACAAUUGCCCCCUGCAAAAACCCAGUAUGGUUCUCUCCGCGCGGCUUUAUGUUACCCGAAUUCAGGAGCUGAAGCCAGACUACAUACCAAAGUCUGCAGAUGUUGCUCUUUUGUUAUUCUUCACGGUUAGAUGAGAUAUUUCAACUGCUGCAACACGCAGACUUCGUCUUCCACAGUACUAGUGUUAUGCCAUUCUACUGCUCUUCAAGAAUGGAAACAAGAUGGAACGCCACGACUACAAGGGUAAAAACCUGAUUGGAACCACGGCAAAUACCUUCGCGAUUGUGCUGUCUUACCUUUGUUACUAUUCUGGGACUGUGCAGAAGAAGAAAGACUAGGGCUUAUUUAGUCUUGGUGGAGGCAGUAUGAACCAUAUUAUUCAUUCUGCAACGACACCCAGAAUUAAGUCAUUGUUUUGAAGAAAAGACAAUCGUCUGUCUCCUUAAUUUCGCUGAAGUGUCUUCCCCACUUAAUAGGAACUCGAGAAUGCCGUAUGAGUUAGUGGUGCGUCCUCCGAACUCAUUAACUUACUCGAAGCAUACCAUCGAACCACUAGCAAAAUUUUCGGCACACUGCAAAUGUUGGCCCCUCGGCGUCCACCCCAGAGUUCUACAAGACUGUGUUGUCCUAUCAACCAUUUUUAGCUAUAAGAUGGAUUUUAUUUCUGUCCACAGCACCAUUACUACGCAGACAUCUAUGUAGGGCAAGACCUUGAGCAUUUCUCGGAGGAGACUCAAUCUUCCAUUGACCGAAAAGUCGUUGCCCCCUAAAGGUUUGUACCGAGACUGGACGUUGAGAAAUCCAAAGUAUUACUUCACUGUUUCACGCAUCGCUGAACCCCUGUCGAACUUGGCGCCGCUGCCUUAUGGCCAACUCGAAGAAGUAAGCAUGUAUGGUGAAACCAGAUCACAAGAGAAUACUGAGACCCUCAGUCUUCGGUGUUCUGAAUUGAGGCGCCAUCUGGAAAGCCAUUGCUGAAGUCAUAGUUGGCGAUUGCAGGACAGGGGCUGUACCGGUUCGGUGUCGUAGACUCGGGAGAAGACUUAACUAGGUCUGUAGAAAGACUAAUAAAGACCUCUUCUGCCAAUUUUUCUUUUUUUAUGGACUCAAGAUUGACCCCUUUUAAGCCGUCGGUGUUAUUUUCCCUCAACAGGAGCUUUGAUUCUCUAAUGCUUACUGCAAUCAGAAACACUCUACGGCUUGAUCGACGCCAACUGACCGCCAUCCGUCGACGUUCGCUCUUUUUUUCUUUUCUCUGUUCUGGCGUUGCCUACCGGGCCUACUCCAGAAGCCGUUCCCUCAGUGGUGACGGCGACCAUGAGACACUCCUUCCUUUCGCCCAGUCAACGACUGCAGCACUUCUCCUUCAGACCCAAUGCCACCUUCCUGUCCUCGGACAGUUAACAGUAUUCUUUGCUGAUAAUAGAUCUCCUGACUCAACCAAGUCAGGUCAGGGUGACUCAAAGCGUUUAGACAGACUUUUCGCUCUGCACCAUUGGGUUGAGACCCAAUUGCCUUACCUCUUCAACAGGAGGCUUUUCGACUCGAUCGGUGAACUCUUUGAUCCGGACACAGUCCUCGAAGUGGAACGUUCCAAUGGCUCUGUCACCCGCUUUAGGUAAUUAAUUCCAGUACGCUCUAUUAGGUGCAAUUAACGUAGGAGUAGUAUCUGACCGAUUAUCUGCAGGCGACUAUUGCCGCAUGUGGAACACAUUUUCGAAUGUAGCCAACAGUAUCUGAGACUGGAGAUUGAGUGCGUCUGUUCCACCUUAUCCUGAUUACAAUUGUCAUCUUUUCCAUCUAAAAGUACUUCUCAUAGGCUUUGGUGGAAAUUUUUGUUCGUGGUUAUUUAGGGCUUAGAGACCGAUCGCUCGUUAAUCAUUUCUAGCCUAUGCUUUCAGUUCCCCCAAAUAUGUGCAAAUACCAUGUAAUUCUCCGAAACUGGUGCUACAACAUUCUGUAUAUUCUUAACUACGAAUCCAUCUAUCGACACACUAUAGCGUCCCCUAACGGGCCUGCCUUAAUUGUGAACCGAGAUAAAAGACGUCAGAUCAUUCCAUAGACGAACAAGACAAAACGCGCAUGAAGUGCCCACCCUAGAACAACCUUCGUGACUUUUCCGCCGCUGGUAACAUGGAUCAAACGAAAAAUAGGCUGGUACGUUUUCCUCGUAGUCAGUUUAUUAUAUCGAGGUUAUCCCUCUUUUGGCACUGAAAUAGGUGACCUGUCAAUUCCGAGACACCGGGGAAGAGGGGGAGGUCAGUUCUAAACGCCGACCUAGAUCCCGAAAGUGCACCUUUUAGAGUCCAAACAAGUAAUGUUACCAACUAACAUAUGGACCUGGCUUGUUAUUUUUGAGUAUUUUGUAUGCUGAGUCAAUUUACCCUAUACGGUCACUACCUUAAGGGGUCGUCCACGAGCUAACAUCUUCCUGGCCGCCGUUAGAUCCUAUUUUGCGGCGACUUCGUACCAGCGACGCAUCGACCUUCUCGGUGUUCAUACGGACCCAAAGGUCGGAGAAAUAGAGGCCCAUUUUCGAGUUGUUCUCCUACCCUCUCCUACCUCUUCAGAUCGUCUCCUGCCCCAUGACCAACUUGCCCUCCGUCUUGAGCAGAAGGCCAAGUGAGUUCUCCCUUCACAUUUAAUUUCGUACACUGGUGAAGUUUUUCGGUGCAUAUUAUAGGCUAGUGACGCUAUUUUCUCAUUUGUACGACGAUUCCCCAUUUUCUCUUCGUGCUGGUCUCCGACGUGCUUUGCAGAAUAAGAUACAAAGUACAUCUCUUUUUAUGCGAGGGGCUUGUGCUCUAGAGCUCAUGCGUUGCUAUCGGUAGGCAUAGACAAUGAAUUGUUUGACCCCUGAUAAUCUGCGAUUGAAGCCCAGCUGAAGCGAGACUCCACAAGCAGGACGGAAAAGUACUUGAAGCGGCGAUAGUCCAGCACCAAUCUCGAACUUCAUUUUUAUCCCACCCUACACAACCGUUUUUUACGAGCGCGGUUCAACUAAAUACUGUCACUGGCAUAUCGUUAGUCGUAUAGUCUGCUUUAUACUUUCACAAUCAAGACAGUUUUUGGAGUCUGAGGGGACACUGCUGUCGCUACUUACAUCCAUACGAAGUCUCCAAACGCAUCUGUUCCUAUCUGUACCUACUUAGUACUUCUGCUUGGCAGAAAGUCAGACCCAUCUCUACUACUCUUUCAGACAGUUCGGCCGUCGUGACCGAAGAUGUCCACCGUGUGCCCCCACAGCAAGGUGGGCGCAGGGGCCGUGACUUGCGCCGCAUCUACCGCACUUUUCCCCACCUCGAGUCAAAGUAAUUGUGACGUCAAGCAUAGUCAUUUGUCCUUCAACGCCGCCGCCCAAAAGAGCGCCUCACAAAACCAGUAUAAUUAUCAUACUCUAUAUCCGGCCGACUCAGUUGUGAAAAAGGCGAGGCCUUGGGGGGUUUGAACCCACGACAGAAAGUGUAAGGCUUGGAUAAAGCCAAGACUCUAACCGCCUGAGGUACGAAAUCCCGACCGGAAGCAGCCAGUUUAAUCACAUUUGAGUUAAGCUAAUCACCCAACCUACUGGAAUGUAUGGGUCCCGCCAAGUCUGAUACAGUAAGCUGACUAUCAAAGCAGGAUUUCGUAUGUAAUCAAUCUAGAAUCCGUCAGAAGGCGAUCCUGAUUAAUGAAUUAAUGUGGUACGCAACACUAAAUGCACGCCAGACUGUCCGUUUACAUUUCAGCGACGACAUUUUACAAGUCACUAUUAGAGAAUAUGAACUUUCUGAUUUUGCAUUUCCAGGGGAUAGUGUCUCAAUUGGAAAUAACGGAAUUACUUCCGGAUUGUUAACUUUGAACUUUUUAAAAACCCUCUCCUUUUGGAAAUAAAUUUUAAUGUCGCCAGCAUUUAGACCAGUGUUUAAUUUAAGAACAGGGUGUCUAGGGACUAGAGGUACACACGGUAUUUCUGACAGUUAUUCUGUCGUUUUGUUCAUACCGUCUGUUCGACCGCCAUGAAAGACGACGUCCGGUGUGUCCCCCACAGCAUGGUGGGCACAGGGACCGUGACUUGCGCGUAAUUUCUUUUAUAGUGAGAGUAUACUUGCGCAGCAUCUACCGCGCUGUCUUCUUCUCCCCCACCUGGAUCGGAUGUCAAGACAAAGUUAAGAGGACCGGGGACGGGAGAGGACGCAGAUGACUGCCACGGUAAAAACCCGCACCUAGCCGUAACACUACACCCCUUGGCGCACAACGUGCACCAACCAGGAUUUUAUACAAGACAGAGAGGGGGGCCGGUUCGGAUCCCAACUAAUGAGGCGUGCGCCUGCACCUGGGCCCGCUGCCACACUCCAAAUGUUGAUAUUUGCUACGGGUGCGCAUUCCCAACAACGCUUGCCGGAUCCAGAUCACGGACCCGAUUGUCGGGAUAAGAUCAUUAUUCUCCCAAUUGUUCUAAUUCCUGCUUGCACCACAAUCAGAAACAAAAACAGACAUAGGCAAGGAAAAUUUGACGGUGCAGUAUUUGUUGAAUAGUACUGAUACACAUUCCCGUGCCUAUUGAUUGACAGUCCGCGCCAGAGUAAAGCGAGUAAAGCUCCUGUUCAAACGAUUGAGUCUACUUAUUUUCAGAUCCAGCAUUUCCUCAUUCAUUUGAUAUUGUGAUUUCGGUCCUUUGGUAUAUACCUUAAGCGGUAACCUGGUCAUUUCUUCAAGAGGGAUAUUAUUUACUGACACGCCUUCAAACUGAAAAUAACUUCAGUCGGGCCUUCAUAUACAGUGCGAUCCUCCAAGUAACUGAAAUUUCCAGUUCACUCCAUUGUAUAACGUAGUAGCGCCUUUCGUUUAAGUGCCAACAGAUUUCGCACCUGACAACUGGAUUUUAAGUGUUGCCUCCUCGUUUUGUUCCUACCUCUUGGCAUAUUUUUACCUCUAUUUUCAUACUGACAUUGGCGUUGGGUCCUAUCAACUCCGCGUAAUGUUUGUACCCACAACCUAGGUGCAAGUUGUAUAUUGCAGCCACAUACAAAGUCGCUCCAUCACUUUUCCAACACCGACAUUAAAUAUCAGUUCAGACACCUAUCUAGACGAUUUCAUUUCAGUUUGUACGAUGGAACUGCAAGGCGAGGGGAUCCUGCCAAGCUUCUCCUGCGGCUUGUCGUGUGCACUUCAUCCAUCAACUGAAGAUUCUAUAAUUCCCACCGAGGCGACCGAGUUUUUCACAAUUGGGUCGAAUGAAUGAAUUUAUAAUUCCGUCAAAACAGUCGCUUACCUAGACAAGCUUUUUUGCCCGAACGUGCUAAAUGAGAAGACAAGGUCUGAUGAAGUUCACAAAAACUGUUUGUCUGGCCUCGAAGUAGGGACCCUCCUCGACAGGAUUUGUCCGAGGAGACAUGGUUGAGGAUUGUGCCCAGCCUCGGUCAACGGUUCCUUCGUAUCUCUGUGUGCUCUUUCUGGUCUUCUCCAGUCUGCCCGCUCGCAUUUCUAUUCCUAUAUUGGCUUUCUGAUCGGUCCUUGAAGCCCAUCAACGUUGUGCAACAAAUGUGAGGAUGUAGGCCGAAGACCAGGCCUGCAGCUCUGAUUGUUCACUGUCUUUCGUGCGGUGCCCGUUUUCCGUGGUAUGCUAUUUCUUCUUUAAAUAGGCCACUAUAAACUCUUUUUUACCCUAUCGGGAACUAAUCGGUUUUCAUGUCAUCUUGGGUUCUUCGUAAGGAUUUAUCUCGCAAGUCUGUAACACCCCAUGCUAGCUUGUAUACUUGCACUUUUCGGCUGGUUAGCGUUGCUAUACCCUGUGCACAUGGCAUCAGCAAUUGUAUUCAUUUGCUGUUUCUUUUCACUGUCUUAGAUGGCAUGACUUUCGGGCGAUUUUCAGUCUUUCAAAAUCCGGUGUACUGACCACAGUCAGGUUAACGCAGGUGAGCCCGUGUUUGCUUCGAGUCUCCGGACAGUCUUUCUGUUUUAGUACUCUUCUGUUCUGUUUUAGCACUCGGCUAUUUUCUAUAGCUUCCCACUAAAUGCAUGAAGUAAAACACUCUUCACUAAGAAGACUGAUACAGAACCUGUUUCUCGCUGUCAUUUUGUGGAUAAGUAUAUAUCAUAGAAAGUCAGUGGUUGGUAUCGUGUAGUCAUGUUUUUUUUUGAAAGUUAGUGCUCUACAAACCCCUUAACUGUCUGUUUGGACAUCUUCCUCCUAAGAACACCAUUUUUAUCACGAUAUGUUUGGUUUCAGGGAGACUGCAUGCAGGAAACAGGCAAAAAUGAGGGUACGGUAGAAAAUAUAUAGUCUUCCAACUUCGAAAAGAAAAGAUCUUCCAGUCUGCUGUCUCAACGAAUUAAUCCAUUAGAAAGUCGCUAUACGAAACCGCUCCCUGUCUCCAACAGCAUCGCUUUGAGGAAGUAAGGUGUUUUUACUCGAGCUAGAGCAGUCCUCAGAGGGCACACGUGACCUGCCGGCGUCAAAUUCGCGCUGAGACAGAGACGCGACUGUUGUGUUGAGACGGCGAGACUGGAAGGAGAAUGCGUCUUUAGUCAAGCUGAUUGGUAGUCAAAGUGGUCGACGUGUGUAGAGUAUGCCUAAGCCCAAGUCACCGUCCACGCCCACCACGCUGUGGGGCACACAGUGAACAUCGUCAUCUGCGACCGUCACUUGGACAUCUACAAAGACUGCUGAAAUUGUUGACCCCCCUCCACUUGUAAUCCUCCUCAUUCCCCCCUCCUCCCUUCUACUCAUAAUUGCCACGGUGCUCUGUGUACCUGUACAGUGCAAAAAGGGGCAUCCAACUCGCUUGGCCGCUGUGUGCUACGCGCGUCCGAUUUUUCAGUAACACCGGUUAUUCGUCCGUAGUGGUAGGCGCCGAUCCUCCGGUGUCAGAUUUUGCCGGUUUUUUAUAGUCAUCAUGUUAUUUCGUUGGGUCUGAAUAUGCCGAAGAAGUGCAGCUCUGAUCCCAUAUGUCUUCUUGACGCUUGGGCGUUUAAAAAUGAGUUCUCCAGCCGUGGCGCACGUCCUUUCUGUUGCGAUUCUUCCUUCUUUCCCCCUCCUCCCGGUUUCUUUUACAUCCAAGACUUCGAAGGUCCUCACCCAUGCUUGACCACAGCAGACUGUGCCAUGCCUAUCGAGUAUUCUUUGUGAUUGGUUCCGGAGCCACUAAGCGAAGACCUCGUACCUCCGUUCCCCAACAUUUGACCAUGCGCUUCCGUGACAAUUUUGUAGGGAGCAACCACCUUCGGGAGGCGGCCAUCAGGCGUCUAUUAAUGCGGUCAUAUCAAAGACGUUUAAUCCAUUUCCGUAGCACGAAAGUGAUCCUUGUGUGUACACUUCAAGCCCAGCGCCGGGGAUGCUCUCCUGCCAUUUCAGCUUUAUACUUAUCCGAGAAGUGGUUUGGUGGAAGUGAUUAAGCCUAGUCAUAUUCCUGUAUCAUGAAAUAGCGGGUUAGGCCUUCCCAAGAGAUGAGUUCAAAGCACCCGGGAACCGGGGCAACGUCUCCGCAUCUCAUUUCCCUCUGAUUCAUCAGCUUUCUAACGUGCCAACCGCUCCCUGUCUCUAACAGCAUCGGCUUGAGGGAGUAAGGUGAUUUUACUCGAGCUAGAACAGUCCUUAGAGGACACACACGUGACCUGCCGGCGUCAAAUUCUCGCUGAGACAGAGACGCGGCUGUUGCGUUGAGACGGUGAGACUGGAAGGAGAAUGCGUCUUUAGUCAAGCUGAUUGGUAGUCAACGUGCCAACCCAGGGGUGCAUGGUCAGUGCGCCUGAACGCAGCCAGUGAGUUUUAUACUAAGUCUGAUUCGAUGACAAGAGGGAGAGUCAGCAAUGCACUGUGGCAAAUGCAUCUCCUAGAAAGCUAUCCACUGCGCUUGCCCCAGUUGUCGGGACUCCGUAAUCAAUCACGCCAAAAGAGCGUUUAACCGCUUGCAUUUUUGAGACCUUCCUCUCUUUCUGCGAGGAGAUGGGAUGAUGAUGAUGACGGCGCUUUUAGUCCUCCAGAUUGCUGCCGUCUGGCGCGCGCGCGCGUUCUAGUAAGCCACGUCCCUGACCUGCGUUGUAGAUGUGCCAGCAAGGUCAAGGCCCCUUGGCAUGCAGUUGGUCCUCGGUUUGUGCAGGCCACGUAACCCAGCAGUUCACGAGGACACCCACCUAAAGAGAGGAAAUCCGCGAAAAGCAAAUGCACGCAUAGUGAUGCAGCCCGAUGAACUUCUCCUUAUGGGGUGGGCGUGGCCUGAUGACUUCGGCGAGUUUAUCAAGUUUGCCCAAGUUUUCGUUUUGGAAGCUGCCAAUCCACGUGAACGUAUGGCAUAAGAGUUCCUACACCGCCGCAAUCCGAUGCCGUGUGUCUCUGGUGUUCCGCUACCCACACUACGCUGACACUAAUCUUUUUUACAUCCUUCAUUUUCCCGCCGUAGGCGAUAACUCCUCACCCCAUAUGUUAAAGGGUCCAGCGUGCUUAUAUUUGAAACGGACUUCAUAAUGCCUGAUUCCGCCGGCUAUGUAGACUCGCCGCAUCACACACAGUCGCUGUCCGUUUGGGGACACACCAGGCCCAGGUAUUGAUCAGAUAUUCACAUUGAGGCACCUUCUGAAAUUCCGCCAUGGCUACUGGCAAUCGGCGGCCGCCUGUUUUUUGACAUCACUGCUGCGUUUGAUUCCGUUCACCAUGAGUCCCUGUGGCGGAUAAUGAAAGUAGACGGAAUAAUGGCAAAAAUAAGGGUCAUGAUAAGGACCUAUCGCUCCACCACCGAGCAGGUUCUCGUCCAUAAAAAUCGCUCCCAGCCGUUCGAUAUCCGAUCUUCUGUUCGACAAGGUUGCAUCCUGUCGCCUAUUCUGUUCACAUACGCCAUUGACUGGAUUUUCGGAGGGCCCUACACACUUGACGGUGUGGCUUACUGAUCUAGACUACACUGAUGAUAUCGUCUUGCUAGCCUUAGCCUUUGGUGAUUCUCAGUCUGUAUUGACACAGGCAAGUUGAGUUGCUACUUCGGUCGGUUUGUCCGCAAACGCUGGUAGACCAAAUUGUCUUCGAGCUGCAUCCUUGACCUGGUGAAGGCGCCCCUCAGAAUGCAUGGCUGUUAGCUUGAAGUAGACAGUCUCAAAUAUCUGGAGGCGAGACUGCUGCUCAAUUCACAGAGUAAGGAUGACAUUGUUUUCCUAAUCGAUGCUGUUCGCGAGACUCUCAAUCCCCAGAAAGUGCCUAUGGAUCUGACGCGACAUCUCCAUCGCCACAAAAUCCUUUCGGUCAGUUGUCUACAGUUAUGAAUGCUGGGCUUUGCGCGAGGAGGGUGCCCGAAGACUGGGGGUAUUAGACCACCGCUGCUUGAGAACCACCCUUUGGGUGAAGUACACUGACUUCGUCUCCGAUUCGGCAGUCCGUACUCAACGACAGUAUCGCGAGGAUACCGCGGGCCAUCUAAAAAAGAUGACUGAGGUGGUUUGAGUACGUUCCCAUCGUUCGUCUCACGAGCUCAGUUAUACUGCCCUCGAGCCGGCGCUAUUGCCCAUCUGGGGGGCGUCGAAGAAGAAGUCAUCUCAAGAGCUGUCCAGAUCCGCUGCCGCGGAUCGUCGCGCGUGGAGAGGUACAGUUCGGGACAUCAUCGAGGCCGGCUAGAUCAGGCAUGAUCGCAGCCGUAUCAAGUACAAGUAAGUACAUCUCAAGGCCUGACUCGAGACGGUUCGUCAAGACAUAGAAGUGGUUCUUAGACGUUCGGUACUCGGUCUCCGUCGCUGGAGAAGAGAAUAGUUCGAGCUGUCUAGAUCCGUUGCCGCAAAUCGCCACGCAUGGAGACGGACAAUACAUGACGUCAUCGAGGUCGGCUAGAUCAGACAUGGUCAAGCACACUGAGGUCUUAGUUUGUUACCUCGACACUGUCGUCAACCGAGGCCUGGGCUUCGGGCGUGGUGACGCCCCGAGCGACCUCACCUUAGGGUUAGCGCAGCGCCAAACGAAACCACCUUAGUUGGUCAGUAAGGAGGGCUCGGUUGACUGGUUCUGUUUGAAACUACUGCACCGUCGUCGCUGGUUGGGGAAGUGAUCGGAAAAACGAGUUCGAAAAAUGGAGCGUAGGAACAAUCGGUCAAAUACAUUCAGGCCAUCUCUUACCUCUUACGAAAGUAUUAUCUUAACGUGAACCUACGCCUGCAGCUGAACCUCCACAUUGAUCUCACACAGAUUCCCGAGGUUUCGACGAAGUUGAGCGAUGGCCGCGCACGCCUGGUUGACGCGCUGGUCGAUUUAGUCAUUACCCUUCCAUCUCGGUGGGGAGUCGGACCCAGGUCAGAAGCCAUAGAUUAGCCCGAGAGUCUUGCCGUCAACAGUGAACGGGUAGAUGACUUCUACUGCAAAACCCGAAGUGACAAUCUUCGUCUUGGUCACCACCACCACCACCACCAAUGACCAAGUACUCUUAUUUUUGAACCCGGUUGUUUUUUUUCUGAUUGUUACUUUGAAAGUUCGACGCAAAGGCACGUGGCGUUCUGACUACCGUUUGCCGUUUAAUUCUUAAUCCUCUCGCCUGGCUCUUGAUUUCAGCUGGCGUUGUGCGACGCUUAUGCCUGUCUGUAUCACUCGCGUCCAUAAACUGCAGAUUAUUUCCUUUGCCUUCUUCCACUAUUGCAUUUGUAAAACUUUAAAAAAGACCAUUUCCUGAUAAUAACCGAGGGCAGUGGAUCACCUCGCUAGAAGAAGAAUUUUAUUCGCUUUUCAUUUCGGAGUACUGCUAAAACCCGUCGUUAGAAAGAGAGAUGGAGACACACCGGGACUGCGGUAUUUAUAAAGUGGGCCACGUCUACACCGGCGCAUAUUUGGUACUUGGCAGACCUCAUCCGAGUCACUGAGCAUUCAUCGCGAAUGUUUGUAUUUUGCAUAACAGCCUUCCAGCCGGCCACUUCUGCACGGCCCACUGUAGAGCCCUCAUUGUCGGUUUUAUUAUUGCCCUCGGUUUUCUUACCUGAAGUAACUAUUCCAUCUAGACAGUCCUGCCUUUGCGUAGGCUGGAGGAGUUUGCGUUUAUUGACUGAUAAUGGACCAGAAUAUAGGCUUCGAGCAGCAUGCAUCCCACUGUUGUCGACUUUUGAGCAGAUUUUGGCCUGAUCGAACUGGUGGGUCUGGUCGUGUCGGACGAGUCGCGGCGGUAAGACACUGGAAUAGCAAGCCCUUUAACGGUAAUUCAGGUGGCUUUGCGCAAAGUUCCAGGAAGGGUAGAUAUUUCCGUGUCCUAACCCUGACGUUAGCCCUAAUCUUAGCAGUAACCCCAAUCACCCCGGAAAUUGGUGCAAACCCCCUCCCCCCCCCUCCCCCAAAUAUGGGCAGGGGGGUUUCCAUUCUGUGCACUGUCGUCGCGACUUGUUGUCUUGCGUCGUUGCCGAUACAUGCUCGGCCACUCCCGUUCCCCCGACGUAGUCUCUUUGCCCACUGAUCGAUUACUCAGGCGCAGUCUGUCCGUCAGGAUGUAUGCGGCUAAUGAAAAACCCCAUUCCAUAGAUGCCGCCGUCUGUGUCUCCACUUCCCCCUGUGGGCUAGAACAUGUUCCCAACGUGUCAGAUGAAUAAGGCUAUGCGUAAGCGUCUGUAAGUGCUGUAUGGUGCAUACUAUUACAGCUACAGUUACAGGGUUCCAUCGCGAGACUCGCGGGCAAUUGUUGCAAAGGCGGAUUUUCAUGCGGAGGAGUAAAUUCCUUGAUGGCCUCUCAUUCUUGGCUCUUUUCUUUUCUGGCCAUCCACCGACACGUUUACACAGCUGACUCCACCACAGAAGCCAAGUAUCAGCCUGACUUUGCAGCGACUACGCCUUAUCCGCAACAUAGUGCCAAGCCUGUCCAGCGGUGGUCGUCGGUUGCCCCAGCCACUGCCCUGUAUUUCCAACCUGAAUGCCACCCCAGCCACCACCAUCCGCACCGCUGGUUUUUUCGCACCCUACUCUGAUGCGGACUGUUCACGCAGCCUGGCCUCCGCGAUCCGGCCCCUUCUCGCCUCUUCACCGUCGCCAUUGACGCGGACGCGGCAGCACUCCGCAUUGUGGCGGCUCUACCAGCAGCGGACGGACGAUAGCGGCAGCGAGCUGCCAGUUCCAACUCCCCUAGGCUCCUUUGCCAGCCUCCGCCCCCUUCGGCGGCGGCAGUGGCGACACGAUCGCGCCGCCCUCCUCAGUUCAUGUCCCCUCUUACUGGCCAGUAUCACCGCUUGUUCUCAGUGUUUAACUUAG